AUGGUGUUUGGAUGUGAUGCAGGGGUGAUCUCGGUUACUAGUGAUGCAGAUAAAAACCAGUUGGUGGUUACUGGCGACGGCGUCGAUUUAUUUGCGUUGAUGAAGUGCUUGAAGAGGAAAUUCAGAUGUGCCAGCAUUGUCUCCAUUGAAGAAGUGAAGCCGCCGGAGAAGAAAGACGAAAAUAAAGAGGAGAAGAAGAAAGAUGAUAAGAAGGAAGAGGAGAAGGAGAAGAAAGACGAAUGCUGCAAAACUUGCCGUUAUCCUUGUCCGCCGCCGGGUUACAGCAAUCCAUGCGUACAGUACUACCCGGUGGGUCAACCCGUUUACGACUCCUAUCCUAGUUGCUCCAUUCAAUGA